AUGGAACGCUCCCCCAAACCCAAAGCUGGGGGCACAGAGCCCAGCAUGGGGUGUGCGGCUCUCUGGGGCCGGGGUGACCAAAGCUGCGGAGCUCCAGGGCCAGCGCCGGCUGGAGCCCGGCACGCGGAGCCCCGCGUCGGGCUGGCGAAGCCGGAGCAGCAGACUCCCGGCCCCUCGAGCCUUACCCGAGGACCGGCCCCCGUCGGCCCCCCUCGCCCCGUCCUCCUGCGCCUGGCCGGGGGUCCCCGCAGGGGCUCUGCCGCUGGGGAUGGGCUUUGCCGCGGGGAGCAGAGCCGCCGCCUCCGCCUCUGCGCCCCGAGGCUGGACCGCAGCGACCGCGCGGCGGGAGCCCGAGCGGGGCCUCGGGCCCCCUCGGUCCACGCGGCCAGGGGCGCCUCCCGGACAGAGCUCCGGAUCCCUGAUUCUGCGUGGGGCUCCACGGUGCCUCACAGGGUGAUUCUGUACUGGAGUGGCCCCGCUGCCCUGGCCUCCUGUCGUGGAUUCCACGUGGGCCCCAGUGCCGUGGCCUCCAGUCGUGGAUUCCACGUGGGCCCCACUGCCGUGGCCUCCUGUCGUGGAUUCCACGUGGACCCCCAGUGCCGUGGCCUCCAGUCGUGGAUUCCACGUGGGCCUGCUGCUCCAGCCUCCUGUCGUGGAUUCCAUGUGGGCCCCACUGCCGUGGCCUCCUGUCGUGGAUUCUACGUGGGCCCCGACACGCCUCAGCCACGCCCUCCCACGCUGCAGACACGGCUUGUACCACGCUCUCCACGCUGCAGACACGGCCUCCGCCACGCCCUCACACGCUGCAGACACGGCCUGUACCACGCCCUCACACGCUUCAGACACAGCCUGUACCACGCUCUCCAUGCUGCAGACACGGCCUGUACCACGCCCUCCCACGCUGCAGACACGGCUUGUACCACGCCCUCCCACGCUGCAGACACGGCCUGUACCACGCCCUCCCACGCUGCAGACACGGCCUGUACCACGCUCUCCAUGCUGCAGACACGGCCUGUACCACGCCCUCCCACGCUGCAGACACGGCUUGUACCACGCUCUCCACGCUGCAGACACGGCCUCCGCCACGCCCUCACACGCUGCAGACACGGCCUGUACCACGCCCUCCCACGCUGCAGACACGGCCUGUACCACGCUCUCCACGCUGCAGACACGGCCUCCGCCACGCCCUCCCACGCUGCAGACACGGCCUGUACCACGCCCUCCAACCUGCAGACACGGCCUCAGCCACGCUCUCCACGCUGCAGACACGGCCUCAGCCACGCUCUCCACGCUGCAGACACGGCCUGUACCACGCCCUCCCACGCUGCAGACACGGCCUCCGCCACGCCCUCCCACGCUGCAGACACGGCCUCCACCACGCUGCAGACACGGCCUCCGCCACGCCCUCCAACCUGCAGACACGGCCUCAGCCACGCUCUCCACGCUGCAGACACGGCCUGUACCACGCCCUCCCACGCUGCAGACACGGCCUGUACCACGCCCUCCCACGCUGCAGACACGGCCUCCACCACGCCCUCCCACGCUGCAGACACGGCCUCCACCACGCCCUCCCACGCUGCAGACACGGCCUCAGCCACGCCCUCCCACGCUGCAGACACGGCCUCAGCCACGCCCUCCCACGCUGCAGACACGGCCUCAGCCACACCCUCCCACGCUGCAGACACGGCCUGUACCACGCCCUCCCACGCUGCAGACACGGCCUCCACCACGCCCUCCCACGCUGCAGACACGGCCUCCACCACGCCCUCCCACGCUGCAGACACGGCCUCAGCCACGCCCUCCCACGCUGCAGACACGGCCUCAGCCACGCCCUCCCACGCUGCAGACACGGCCUCAGCCACACCCUCCCACGCUGCAGACACGGCCUCCACCACGCUGCAGACACGGCCUCAGCCACGCCCUCCCACGCUGCAGACACGGCCUCCACCACGCUGCAGACACGGCCUCAGCCACGCCCUCCACGCUGCAGACACGGCCUGUACCACGCCCUCCACGCUGCAGACACGGCCUCAGCCACGCCCUCCCACGCUGCAGACACGGCCUCAGCCACACCCUCCCACGCUGCAGACACGGCCUCUGCCACGCCCUCCCACGCUGCAGACACGGCCUCUGCCACGCCCUCCCACGCUGCAGACACGGCCUCUGCCACGCCCUCCCACGCUGCAGACACGGCCUCCGCCAUGUCCUCCCACGCUGCAGACACGGCCUGGACCACGCCCUCCACGCUGCAGACACGGCCUCCGCCACGCCCUCCCACGCUGCAGACACGGCCUGUACCACGCCCUCCCACGCUGCAGACACGGCCUCCACCACGCCCUCCCACGCUGCAGACACGGCCUCAGCCACGCCCUCCACGCUGCAGACACGGCCUCAGCCACACCCUCCCACGCUGCAGACACGGCCUCUGCCACGCCCUCCCACGCUGCAGACACAGCCUCAGCCACACCCUCCACGCUGCAGACACGGCCUCAGCCACGCUGCAGACACGGCCUCAGCCACGCCCUCCACGCUGCAGACACGGCCUGUACCACGCCCUCCCACGCUGCAGACACGGCCUGUACCACGCCCUUCCACGCUGCAGACACGGCCUGUACCACGCCCUCCCACGCUGCAGACACGGCCUCAGCCACGCUCUCCACGCUGCAGACACGGCCUGUACCACGCCCUCCACGCUGCAGACACGGCCUCAGCCACGCCCUCCACGCUGCAGACACGGCCUGUACCACGCCCUCCCACGCUGCAGACACGGCCUCAGCCACGCUCUCCACGCUGCAGACACGGCCUGUACCACGCCCUCCCACGCUGCAGACACGGCCUGUACCACGCUCUCCACGCUGCAGACACGGCCUCAGCCACGCUCUCCACGCUGCAGACACGGCCUCAGCCACGCUCUCCACGAUGCAGACACGGCCUGUACCACGCCCUCCACGCUGCAGACACGGCCUGUACCACGCCCUCCACGCUGCAGACACGGCCUGUACCACGCCCUCCACGCUGCAGACACGGCCUCCACCACGCUCUCCCACGGCUGCAGACACGGCCUCCACCACGCCCUCCCACAGCUGCAGGCACCGCCUCAGCCUCCCUGGCCACUUCCGGCCUCCCUGCCUGGCCUCCCCACGAGCUCUUGCCAUCAGGGGAGCGGGAGGGGUCCCCUCUGCAGCGCUCGGCAGCCUGCAGUGCAGCAGACCCCGAAGGAUGCCCGUUCCCACGCCCAGGGGCGGGGCAGGGCCAGGCCCACGGAGGCGCUGA